CCAGCCCCAUUUGCUCUCCUAAUAGUAUCUACCAUGUUUUCUGUAGGCCCAGCUGCCCAGCGCCAGGUCCAGAAUGGGCCAUCUCCAGAUGAGAUGGAAGCACAGAGAAGACAAGUGAUGGAGCAACAGCAACAACGCCAGGAAUCUCUGGAAAGAAGAACCUCUACCACAGGCCCAGCACUUCCUCCUGGUCAUCCCAGCGCCACUGGUGCGAUCCCUGCUUCAUCCGGGGGGCCCCCACCUCCGCCACCCCCCCAUGGGUCAGUGUCAGGGCUCGCAGCAGCUCUGGCUGGUGCCAAACUAAGGAGAGUUCAACGGCCAGAAGAUGGUUCAGGAGGGUCCAGCCCCAGUGGGGUCUCUAAGACGGAUGCCAAUCGAACAAGUAGCGGAGGAGGUGGAGGAGGACUAAUGGAAGAAAUGAAUAAAUUACUGGCAAAAAGGAGGAAAGCAGCGUCGCAGUCAGACAAGCCAGCUGACAAAAAGGAAGAGGAAAGCCAAAACGAUGAUGCUAGCACCUCUCCUUCACCCAGUACACGAGGUCCCACCCAGCAGCAGCAAAAUUCAUCAGACUCUGGGAAGAAGCCUUGGGAAAGGAGCAAUUCUGUUGAAAAGCCUGUAACUUCAUUACUUUCUAGAAAUCCAUCAGUGCUGAAGAGCUGUGAAGCUAAGAGCCCCUCACAAUCCCACGUGUCUUCUAGGAUGAAGCCAGUGAGCAGCAGCAACGAUGUGGCUAUGGAUGCCUUAGAUUUUGAUCGAAUGAAACAGGAAAUAUUGGAGGAAGUUGUAAGAGAGUUACACAAAGUGAAAGAGGAGAUUAUUGAUGCCAUACGGCAGGAGUUGAGUAGAAUCAGUACAACAUAAUGAUUGCAAAGCACUUGGACGGUACUAAGAAUGCUAGGAAGA